GACCCCGUAGGCAAACGCUCGCUGGUCUGGUUCGGCGUUGCGUCUGAGAGGCUCUAAGUCGGCGGCCGACGGCGGAGAGCGCUAUGUUGUGCCGGGCAGCGUGCAGCGCGGGCGCGAGGCUGGCCCCGGCCCUGGGGGCUCUGGGCUGCCGGCAGAAGCACAGCCUCCCCGACCUGCCUUACGACUACGGCGCCCUGGAGCCGCACAUCAACGCCCAGAUCAUGGAGCUGCACCACAGCAAGCACCACGCGGCCUACGUGAACAACCUGAACGUCACGGAGGACAAGUACCGGGAGGCGCUGGCCAAGGGAGAUGUUACCGCUCAGGUAGCCCUUCAACCUGCACUGAAGUUCAAUGGCGGAGGUCAUAUCAAUCACACCAUUUUCUGGACAAAUUUGAGUCCUAAUGGUGGUGGAGAACCCAAAGGAGAGUUGCUGGAAGCUAUCAAACGUGACUUUGGUUCUUUUGACAAGUUUAAGGAGAAGCUGACAACUGUCUCUGCUGGUGUCCAGGGCUCAGGUUGGGGUUGGCUUGGUUUCAAUAAGGAGCAGGGACGCUUGCAGAUUGCUGCCUGUUCUAAUCAGGAUCCAUUGCAAGGAACAACAGGUCUUAUCCCACUGCUGGGGAUUGAUGUAUGGGAGCAUGCUUAUUACCUUCAGUAUAAAAAUGUCAGACCUGAUUAUCUAAAAGCUAUUUGGAAUGUAAUCAACUGGGAGAAUGUAACUGAAAGAUACAUGGCAUGCAAAAAGUAAAACAUCAUCAUUAUAUUGAGUAUGUUAAACUCCUUAUGACUAUUUUUGUAGUAGAGUACUGCAGUAUACUAACAAGGCACUUGAUUACAGCAUUUAUUGAUAUUGAUGAUAUAUGAUGACAUAUGAUGAUUCAUUGAUGUUCACAUAUUUGAUAACAAUAAUUUAGUGCUAAGAAUAAUUUCCUAUUUUAAAAUUUUGUUAUUAGGCAACUGUUUGAGAAUCAUUACUGCUCUGUAUAAUUUAAUCUUAACUGAACAUUUUUGUCAGAGAGCUAAACUUACUAGUGGUUUAUAAUUGUCAUCAAAGAACAAUAAAAAAUAUUCUGUCCUGUAUUUGGGGGCUUGUGGGAAAGGCUUUGUAAUUCUAUUCUGUUGCACUUAGAGAAAAAUGUAAUCUUUUGCCCCAGUUGUCACAGUAAAAUAGGAAACUAUUUCUCUUUUGUUGAAAAUUUUUCUUUUCGUUUAUGCAUAAUGCUCUGUCUAGUGGUACUUCUGAUGGCUGUCACCCAAUGAUAUGGUGAUGGUCUGUGAUCACAUGUAUAAAUAGCUACCAUCAUCUUGUCAUUUAAAAACCAUAUGACUUACUGCUGAUUGAAAGCUGCUUUAUUAUAAGAAGAUAAUUAUGCAUCUGGAUUUACAAAAGACUGAUGUAAAAUUUUGUUCUUGAACACAGAAGUAUAUAUUUAUAAAAGUGCUGUAGGUGGGCACAUCGGGGCCUGGUUGGCACUGCCGAAAGUGGGGACCUCAGGGUGAGGCCAUGGGCAUUCUGGGGCACUCCCCAUCUCUCCAUCCUGUUGAAGGGCCUCCCUCUCCUGAGAGCUGUGCUGGCCACAAGCCACCUUCCCUAGUCAGGCAAAUGGACUUCUGCCUGGCAUCAGCACUGUGUCCCCUCAGAUGAUUUCUUUCCAAAGACAUGCUUUAUAUUUCUGUUUUCUUCUAAAGAAUGUAUAGCCACUCCAAAACCUUUAUAUCAUUUUUCAACAAAGGGAAAACUCCCCAUGAUCAGUGACACAGCAUUUCAGCUCACGUUCCAGGUAGUUCUGCGCAGGAGCACCAUAUACCUGCUGUUCACACGUCAGGCAGGCAUUCUGCUGGUAUCUGCGUGGCCAUGUCACAGGUCCCCUAUCUUUCAUCAUCUUCUUCAUUAUCUUUGAUGGCUAUAUGGCUUUUAUCAAUUGGGCAUUUCUUAAUUUAUUUCACAGUUUUAUUAUUGAAUAUUUCAUUUCUUCUGUUAUUUAUUAUCCAUUUUGCUCUUGUGAGUAUCCCAAUCUCUUAUUGGGAUGUUUUCUUUAUAUGUAGGUUUUUUUCUUAACCUAUUUAGUAAUGUUUUCCCAAGGUCAUUUUUAAACAUUUUCCCCCCAACUUAAUUUUUUAAUUUCUUUUCAUGGAAAAAUGGAGUAACUUAGCAAUUUCAAUAUUGAAGACUGAAGUUUGAAAAAAAAAAAACACCUUAAAUUCAAGAUACUUUUUCUUUACAGUUCAGUUAGAAAAGUAUUUAGCUUUCUGAAUGUCAACAGUGUUGACUAUUGAUAAGGGUGUAUGUGUGUGCGUGCGUGGAUUGAAACACUCUAGAGAUUGAUUGCUGUCCUUUAUAUCACAGGGACAUGAUUCUCAUAGAGUGCAAAUGGGGGCCAUGUGGUUACCGCUGGCCUCUAAUAGACCUUAGAGGAAAGUGGGACUUUCUGAGAGAUGGGCUUUGGAAUGCACAUCAUCUGCAUUUGGAAUGCACAUCAUCUGUUUAACUUGAGCUACAAAGAUUUGCAGAAUCUACUGACACAUAAAGCUUUGACUCUUAAGCUUCCAGAUUUUAAAACAAUUCAAUGUUGAAAUUUCUACGGGGCUCUAUUUUUGCUCUGGCUUUCCUGUUGAUGAGAAUGAGGGCAGUACAAGUUCCCUCCUGUUUGUGCUCCUCCAUGCUGGAUGGAGGUUAGGAGACCAAGAGGAUCUAUGUACUCACUACUUGAAUAGCCAGCAGAAGAUGAUGUUAACACUGUUUAACUCUCUUUUCCAUAAUAGAAAAGAAAAACAAGUAAAAUUUCCAUUUUUCUUUUGAAAAGAACAAAUAUUGUUCGUGCAAGGAUUUUUGUGACCAGAUCAGCAUUGCCUGCCACAGACUUAAUUGUGCUGGAGGGAAACAAGCAAGUGAUACAGAUAUUUUCUUUUGAAUUUGUUGCUUAAACUGUUGCAUAGUAAUUAAAUUUUGAUGUUAAGAAAUUGCUGUAUCAUGUCCCUCAAUUUCAUGGCCUUAAAAUGAGAUUUGAAUUUGUGUUGAGCACCUUUAAAAAAGUAAUAAAAAAACUAUAAAAUGAA